AUACGUCUAUCUACCCCGGGAAAGUUUCUGUUGUGCUGUUUAGUUCGUGUAUACCUCAUAAACAAUGGAGAAGAUAACUGAGAAGCUUCUACUGGAGAAAGGCUCUCCAAAAACCAAAAGACUCGAGGAGCUCAAGAUAUUAACUCUUUCCAAGCUCGGACUAAAAUGUCCCGACUUGCCGGUCAAGCUGCUGUCCCGCCUUCGGUCCCUGGAACAGUGGGAUCUGUCUGGGAACAGACUGCAAGAGUUCCCCAAAAACUUGGAGCUACCUGAGCUGCGCUUCCUGGACCUCAGCGACAACCAGAUGGAGGACGUCGCCUCUAUGGCGUCUCUUUGCAGCCUGGAGGAGGUCAAGAUGGAGGACAACCUUUAUAUCACCGUAAGUGACAAUUACAAGCUAAUGACGCUGCUGCCCAAUUUGCGCAGUUACAACGGCAACGACAUCACCAGCACCGCCAAUCACGUGCGCUUCGUAUUCACAGAGAACCUGAGGACCAGGAUCAUUGCCUUGUGGGAGAGGAGCUACAGCCUCCCGGAUUCCACCACGGCGGGCAAAAUGGCUGCCCUGGAGGAGGACUUUGUUCACGCGGCGCGGAAGCAGGUGAAAUAUGGACCCAGUUCGGUCAGCGACUUCACAAAAUGGAAGGUUGAGAUCAUGGCCAGGGAGUACCUGCGUUCUCUGACCGAACCAAAGGAGGACUUGUCAAACAAAACCACUCAGGUCCUAACCCCUGUGAAAAGGAAGCAAACCCUGGCGUUAACAGACAGCGACUUGCGACUGUCUCCUCGUAAAAAGGCGCGAGCCGAUACCGCGGUGUCCUCUUCGGCCGAGGACAGCCCCGGCAAAGUCGGCCUUCGCCUGAAAACCCGGAUGAUCACCAGUGGCACUGUUCCUGUGAGCCCCACCACGAGGGCUCAGUGUCCCUCGACACCUACCCGUGCCUCUACAAAAAAAGCGGCCGCCAGCAAGCUUGCGACGCUGCCAAGAAUAGCGACGGUGAAUGGAGCUAAGAGUGGACAGAAGGAGACGAGUGAUGAUGUGAUGAAGAGCAUCAACGAGACGCAGCCGGUGCGUCUGCAGCCUCUUCACGUCUUGCAGUGUCACAGCAAGAAGGACAACCCAGAAGACUUCUCCACUCAACUUUGGGCCUGUGCCUUCCAGCCUCAGCCUGACUCCUCUGGAAGCCGCUUGGUUGCGACGUGCGGCGGAGACUCUCUGUGUGUGGUCGAGUGUGAGACUGGCAUGGUGAUGAAGAAGUAUAAAGUGACUGGAGAGGAGUUCUUCUCGCUGGCGUGGUCCACGGUGCGGAUGUCCCGAGGAGACGAAGCCCCGGCGCAGCCCUGCAGCAUCCUGGCGGCGGGCGGAAAGCGAGGCCUGGUCAAGCUGAUCCACCCCCGGUGCAACGUGGCCUACGGCGAGUUCCGGGCGAGCCGCAGGGCGCUGUCAGUCCUCUGCUUCAACCACCGCCAGGGCAACUUCCUCUUCACGGGCUGUUACGACAACAAGAUAGUGCUGUGGGACAUCGGUGGGAUGGACAGCAAAUACAACUUUAAAGUUGUGCAACUUCUGGCGUUGGACAGCAGCUCCACCCCACUGCACAUCUGCCUGCCGCCCACCAGGCCCGACACGCAGCUCCUGGCGGCGUGCGACGACGGCCUGCACUACUACAACACGCAGCUCGCGGCCAACGGCGCCACAAAGAGGUCUAAAGAAGCGGAGGUGACCUUCCCGGUUUAUGAGAAGGAAGAGAAAGACCUUAACUACCACACCGUCGACGGCCUCAGUUUCCUCACUGAUGACAUCGUGGCCUCCAAGAACUUCACGCACGGCUGCAUCUACCUGUGGAGCUGGAACCGGACGCGAUCGCAGCGGCCCAACAAGAGCGGCUGCGUGCGCGCCGCCGUCCUGGCCGAGCUGCGCUGGGCCCACACGGAGAUUCCUUACCUGUCGCUCAACACCUGUCCCGGUCGAGCUUACGUCGUGUGUGGCGACAGCGAAGGCAAGCUGUGGACGUACCAUGUCGCUAACCUCCAGAAGGACAGCUUCCAGACCGGGAAGCCCAUCGAACCCACGGAGGUGCUCCAGUGGCCCUCCCCCGUCCGCAAGGGCCUCGGCCAGGUGGAGGGCCCGUCCAUCAACAGCUUGGCCAUGGACCCCGACCUCCGGUACCUGGUGGCCCUCAGCGACAAGAACAUGGUGAUGGUGUGGAAGACUGUGCCCUGAGCAAUUGAACACAACCUAUUAAUACUACUUGUAUGAUGAAGUGUCCGGCGAGAGUCGACACUCGUGUGAGUACCCAAUGUUCUUUGGGUUCAUUUCCAAAAUUCAAGACGUCAGUGGUUUCAUAACGUGGUGUAACGUUAGCCACUACCACAGUAUGCAAACACGCAUACCACCUCAGCUAGUUUUUUUAUACUCGUAAUCUGAGUACAAGAUCAUUUUUGAUAUAUUUAAAUCUUCUACAUUGGUCAAUUUUACUGAAGAAAUGGUCACUGUGUGACAUUUUGUUCUAAUGAUUUCGUCACUGUACUUUUAUAGUUACUCAAGAGUUCCACAGAAACGCAGUGUUGUGUUGAAAGAGCAAACUCAGCAUGAAACAUUUAAGUACUGUGAUUUUUUUUUUGGUGUGCCUUAUUACAUUUUAUUAAAAUGUUCUGACAUUUUCAUGCAUGUUAAUUAAUUGUUUGUAAUUUUUUAAUUUUGGAUUCUACUGUAUAUUUUCGUUUAGCUACAGUAGAGGUCCUAAAUACUGCCAACUACAACC